CGGACCUCCUCCAUCGCUGCCUUCCUGACUCCCUCCCCGUUUGCUUCCCUCCCUCUCCGUCUCUCUCUCCUUCCCUCUCGCCCUCCCUCCAUCCGUCCCUUCCUCCCCCGCGGCUCGCUCAGUCACAGCGGAUCGGAGGCGCCGCGCAGGGCGCCCGCGCGGACUUGGUGGAGCCGCGGCGGCGGCGGGUGAGACUCGCUUGCGCCGAGGACACGUCACGCGGGCCGAUGGAGCCUUCCGCGGGAGCUUUUUGGAGCGCGCGCGCGUGAGCGGAGAGAAAUUGCGCGGAGGCGACGAAGGCUCAUCUGGAAGGCAGGUGACUUCCUGUUCCUGUGACCUCAUCGCAUCAUGCCUGAGGGUUCGCGUCGCGGGAGCUCCAGAUCGUCCAGCAAUGCCGGUGGCAGGCGUCCGUCCUCGGUGUCGUCGCUGAGCGGGAUGAUCGCCGGCGGGCCCGCGUCGCCGGGCGAGCGAGGAGCCUCGUCGUCGUCGUGCACCUCGGUCAACACGGUGUGCUCGGACGGCGAGCGGCCGGCCUCCCUCUCGCUCUCCUCGUCGGCCUCGUCGGCGUCGCUGCAGGACGCCUCGUCCUCGUCCUCGUCCUCGUCGCUCCCUUACGGCGCCGCCGCCGCCGUCGACAGGUCCCACAUCAGCCUGGACCUCACCCCGCUGGCGGCGGGAGGGGGCGCGGCCCAUCCCGCGCCCCGCCAGCCGUCUCGGCUGGAGCGAGUCGUCAUGGAGAUCGUGGAGACGGAGCGAGCCUACGUCAGGGAUCUCAAGAGCAUCGUGGAGGACUACCUGGGCUGCAUCAUCGAGUGCGACGCGCUGGCCGUGGACCCGGAGCAGGUCAGCGCUCUCUUUUGCAACGUGGAGGACAUCUACGAGUUCAACAGUGAACUCCUGGAGGACUUGGAGAGAAGUCAGCACGCCGCCGCCAUCGCCGACUGCUUCGUGGAAAGGAGCGAAGCCUUUGACAUCUACACGCUGUACUGCAUGAACUACCCCAACUCGGUGUCGGUUCUGAGGGAGUGCAUGAAGAAGCAGAGCCUGGUGCGCUUCUUCCACGAGCGACAGAGCAGCCUCAACCACUCCUUGCCUCUGGAGACGUACCUCCUGAAGCCCGUGCAGCGCAUCCUCAAGUAUCACCUCCUGCUGCAGGAACUGGCCAAGCAUUUGGACAAAAGCGACCCGGGCUACCAGGUGGUGGAGGACGCCAUCAUCACCAUGACGGCGGUGGCCUGGUACAUCAACGACAUGAAGCGGAAGCAGGAGCACGCCGUCCGCUUGCAGGAAAUCGAGUCGCUGCUGGUGAACUGGAGCGGGCCUGACCUGAGCGCUUUUGGCGAGCUGGUUGUGGAAGGCUCCUUCAAGGUCCACCGGGUGAAGAAGGAGCGCGCCUUCUUCCUCUUCGACAAGAUGCUGCUGAUCGCCAAGAAGCGCCCCGAGCGCUUUGUGUACAGCACGCACAUCUUUUGCUGCAACCUCCUGCUGGCGGACGCCCUGAAGGAGCCGCUGUGUUUCCGAGUGUCCGACCUGAUGAUUCCCAAGCGGCAGCACGUCGUCCGGACCAAGAACAUGGAGGAGAAGAGGCUGUGGGUUCACUACCUCAAGAAACUCAUUGUGGAAAAUCAUCCGGCUACUCUUCCGCACAAGGCCAGACAGGUCCUCGGAGACAACAUCUGCCACUCGGCCCCCCAGUUUGAGCACGAGCACCUGAAAAAAAUGUCUUUGGCUUCUCGCCGGCCGGACGACGUCCACGUCCAUCGCCGGGGGCGACGUCAGUCAGAACCACCCCGGCUGCUCACGUACACGCCCGAAAAAAGCAGGAAGAGUUUUCCGCUGCUACUGGAGGGAAGUCUGCCUUACAGGCGGACCAGGCGACAGUCGGCUCCGGCCAAGGACAUCCAAGCGGCGUUUAAUCAUCACGGUGAGCAAAAAUCCCCAUGGAGUCGAUCGAUCAAACCAUCAAAGGGAAAUUCUGAUGCAACUCUUCGGGGCCGAGCCCGAAUUGAGUGUUUAGCGCGUGACUCAUCCAUGAAUCAACAGUCAUCGUGACGGGAAACUCCACGCGGGGGCCCAGAUAAGCAUCGCGGAAAAAUGUGAAAAGUAUUUUUUAGGGC